GUCUGCACAAGCUUGUAUCGGGUAACAAUGUCCCUUUCCCUAGUUUUGAAUGCAUAUCUGGACGAGAGUUCUGCAAAGAUAAGGUCAAAGCCUGUUCCAUGGGAGGGAUACCAACGUGCCGAACUGGUAACCUCAGAAGAGCUGGCUCUCAUUAAGAAGGUGGACAGACAGCCCAGGGCAAAAGUCGAGUCUAUCCAUCUGUCAGAUGGCCAAACAUAUGCCCUAUUAUACCUUCGGCUUCUUAAGAAGCUGCAAAGGAUCGAUACCAUGCAAUGCCUCCUGGUCUUAAUCGCAGAUGCACUCCUGGAUCAUGAUGAGCGUAUACCGCUCUUCGCGAGAGCCGUUCAAUUCGAUCCCGACCUCCCUUACUCCCCUCUCAUCAGAACCCUGGAAGCUCAAGAUGACUUUGUACAACUCAAAUCCGCCCAAAUACUGACCGUGCUGCUGAGCUCGGAAUCAACUCCCCUUCAGCACCAGCACCUUCAGCCAUUCCUCAAGGUCCUUUCAUCGUUCGUGCAGAGCCAAUCACAAAACAAGCGUGACGUCGCGGUUCAGUGCUUAGAGUCUCUUCUCGCUCGUCCAGAAUGCCGCAGGGCAGUAUGGGCCAUCCCUAGAAUAUUAGCAGGGUUCGUCGAGAUCCUUCUCCAUAAGCCUGGCCCUCAGAUGAGCUACCAAGUGAUCUUCUGCAUUUGGUUGCUUUCAUUCGAGCAGGAUGUCGCUGAACAGAUUAACAAGAAAUACGAUAUCAUACCUCUGUUGAUCACAGUGGCACAGGCCGCUGUGAAAGAGAAAGUCAUUCGUGUCAUUAUUGCCACUUUCAGUAAUUUGAUUACGAAGGCUCCUUCUGAGAAUCUUCCGGCCAUGCUUGUUGCCCAGCUUCUUCCAUUCUCCAAGAACCUUUCAACUCGCAAAUGGUCCGACGAGGAUAUCUUGGAGGACGUACAGUAUGUCAGAGAUGAGCUAGAACGCAACUUUGAAAGCUUGACGACGUACGAUGAAUAUUUGUCUGAACUGGCAUCUGGCCAUCUGUCGUGGACACCAGUGCACGAGUCAGAUGCCUUCUGGCGGGAAAAUGCAUCGAGAUUGAAUGACAGAGACUAUGAACAAUUGAAGACCCUCAUCGGGCUACUAGGCUCCGACGACCCCGUAGUCCUGGCUGUUGCAGUCCACGACCUUGGACAGUAUGUGAAGCAUUACGAACGAGGAAAGAGAAUAAUUACAGAUUUGGGAGGCAAAGCCCGCGCAAUGGAGCUCAUGACUCAUCCAGACCCAGAUGUACGCUACUAUGCCUUGCUAUCAGUGCAGGAGCUUGUCAGCCACCCUUGGUCAGCGGUAUAGCGCACACUCGGACAUCGAUACUGUCUCCGUAUUAUCAGCACGCGUACUACUGCCGUCAUGAUGUAUGUUGCAACUACCGUUAUUUUUCGUUCUACACGCUGCGUCUCGCAUUCGUACGUGAUAACACCAUUGCUCUUGUCUGCAAUGUUGGCGUGUUCGUUCACCGUGUUCGUUAUGUGUUGUAACCCUCCUGAGGUAUGUAUCAGUGUGAGAAGGAAGAUUUGAUGCGUUCAUUGCAGUUCUCGACAAAGACAUUGAUAUUGGCAGGGUUGCAGCAUGCAGUGUCUUAGUAUCGUAAACCCUGUGAGGCACUGAUGCUCUUGCACCAUUCAACCCGU